AGCAAUCAGCUGAUCGACUGGAGGAAAUUUACCAACCAAAAGUCGGCGUGACAAUUCGACGACUGAAUUCAAUUAAAUCUAUGAAUUAAAAGUUUUCUUUUAAUUCAUUAGUCUAAUUAUUUUAUCGCACGGGAAAUGGCUUUAAAUCUGAUCAAACAGAUUGCAGUGCUUGGACAACGUUCACUCGCAACAAAAACUUUAUCGGCAAAAUUUUAUACUGGAAGUCUGUACGAGCCAGAUUAUUUAGAGACAGGAAAAUCAGAAUUUCCGCUUUUAUCCACGAUAAAUGUACAAAUUAAAAGUUAUGAUUAUCCUGUGCUCGAAUGUUAUCAGUCUUUCAUACACAAAUUAGCGGAUAUUGUACAAAUCGACGUAGACAACAGCUGGCCUUUACCACCUCAAGAAUUCACGAUUCGGAAGUAUAAAACUAGAACGACAACAAUUAUGUCCGAGUAUUAUCUCAAAAUUUAUGAAAGAAAUAUACAACUAUCAGACGUAUCGUCAAUAAAAUGCUCAGUAUUAAUUAGAGCAUUAGAGGCAGCUUUACCACAAGGUGUUACUUUGAAUAUAAACAUUCAUGAUCCCGCACUAGAAGAUAAGCGAUAUAUACCAGACAAAGAAUUGAUUGAUUUGAAAUCAACGCUAAUUACAUUAAAGAAUAAUAAAUCUUAAAUAUAUGUUGUGAUUAAUAUAUUAUUUGUAAGUGCAAAUAACACUUGUAUAUUAUUGUUACAAAAAUAGCAUCUCUUUCCAAGCAUGGUAAAUUUUAAA